AUGUCUUCUCUCAAGGUGAAAAACACAUUCCUCGAGCUUGAUGAUCCGGAGGAAAGCUUUGUGCUGACUCCACGGCGGGCGUCUUCAGAGCCGCCAACGAGUAGGUCACCCUUCCCCGACCUACCGGAGACACCUCCGAAGGAUCCGCGCGAUGCAACUGCGAGUGAGACGACCGGCCCGGCUGACGCAGAUGUUUAUUCAGUUUGUUCUUUGUGCACGACUUCCGAGGAGGAGCUUGCGCAUGCCGAUACCACACUACGCCAAAAGCCGCCGGCGGCUCCUCAAGUGAUUGUGACUCCACCACCGGCCGUGAGCGAAGGAUUCCGCGCUAUCGCUUUGGCCGCAUUCUCUGCCUUGGCUACGUAUGGGCCGACUGAGAUGCAGCCAUCGUGCUACGGCUAUCAGGUCGUUGUCAAGCUUCCGCGCCAGUCUUUUGAAGCGCGGGCGGGCUUUCUCCGCAUCGCCCAAGAGUCCGUCCUUCAGGCCGCAGAGAACUCUUCCGCGACCUAUGUACUCGGGUACCGUGCCAGUCCUUUCCUGGAGACGCCUUUGGGCUUCUCAGCGCUCCUUUGCCAUGUACCCGACUCUUCCUGUGCAUGCUGGGACAUUCUUCAGUGGGGGAUGUGCAACUUCGGCGACACCUGCCGCUGGGCGCAUCCGACCAUGCGCGCAACCCUCAAUGUGAUGGCUGCGGUGCUGGAGUGA